AUGAAAAUGACUCAGGUCAAUAUGGGUGGUGUACCGUUUCAGACUCGGUCUAGUCAGCCGAUUUAUGUAUCCGAGUAUUCUCAGGACGACCUGGAAGAGGAAGAUGAGGAUGAGGAGGAUGAGGACAAUGAGUUUGAUGAGGAUGAUGUGCAGGACAGUGUUAGGAUAGGUGCGCAUCACAGAGAUACGCCUAUGUACAAUCUUAGUAGUUACCCUCCUCCUCGGUACUCCAGUUGUCCACGGCCUGGUCCUGGCGGUUUAUCCUCUCCCCCUACCCCUAUCCCUUCUCAUAUGAGUGACUGCAGCAGCCAGUCGAGAGUUUCUGAUGAAAUUGAUCCGACUAUAUCGCUAGUGACAGAUGAAGUACCUGGUGGGCCGAAAGAUGGUAGCGUGAUUCCUAGCUUCCUUGGGCAUAUUGCUUAUCAUUUCUGGUAUGGAUACAAUAGACCCACAUUGAAGAUUUUUAAAGGCGAAAAGAUUCUGAAUAAGUUGAAGAUGUGGUAUAAAGAUAUGAAUGAUGUAGUAAAAGGCAAGAUUCGGGGACUGGAUUGGGUCACCUUCUUCAUACCUCGUACGUCCGAGACAGAUGUGCUGAGGGGACAUGCAGCAGGGAUACUUGGCCUGGAUGUGAAUGGUUACAAAUGGAGUCAUGGCGGUGUCUCUGAUUGGUUCAUCCUUGAGCGAUGCCAGAAAGCGGACGAGAAUACCCAGGCCUCCGCUUUCUUGUGGGUAUUGUUGACCUCGACAUUGUUCAUAGGCAAGAGUGGUGGGAGGUGCAGUGUUUCACUUGUACAUGAGCUGAUGGCUAGGAUCGAGAAUAUAGGUUCAUACUCGUGGGGCUCUGCUAUGCUUGCGUUCCUAUACCGUCAGUUAGGGAUGGCUAGUAAAGCACCAGAGAGGGCGAGUUACCCGUGGGGGUAA